GCGUGUGAGUGCGUGAACUCGUCAAAGAAAACAUCGCGGGCGUUUGGGCACCAGCACGUUGAGGUUGGCGGCGACGUGUGACGAAACGUGAAGAGGUGAGCGGAGCGCGUUGGUGUUCCAACUACGCAGUGCGCCCACGAAGUCGAAGCUUCUUCAAAGAGUCUUAAGAACUGACGAAUCGACUCAACACCUCCUCGACUCCUGCCCACAAAGAAUAUUUUAAUAAAUAAAACUACGUCAUGUGACUGCAUGCGCACAGCUCGGGAAUCCAGCGGCAGGAUCCACCGCACUUGUCCUGUCCAUAUAAAAGAAGGGGAAGCUCCAAAAGAAGGCAGUGAAGCUGCUCGAAGCUCAGAGCCUGAACUUACUUCUCGGCACCGUGGCUGGUGUUGUCCCCAACCCGUGAGAAGUGCAUAGAUAAAGAGUUUGGGAAUUUUAUAGGAAUCUUAUAAGAAUUUGGUGGACGAAAUGCCUUGCACAGCUUACUAAAAGCAAACAAGAAUUUAAACUUCCAUGCUGCCAGGUCUUAAAGCCUUCAGAAUUAAUUGUGCGCGACAUCAAGCCAAAAUGGUUUUGGGAUUUGAGAAAAUGAGAGCAUCUCUCUGUCUUGUGAUGGUGCUGCAGCUGUCCUGUUUUGCUGAUACAGAGGCACUGAGCUGUGCCAAGCUGUGUUCCCUUCAUCAGAUACACGAAUCAGCUGAAGACGCUGCUAGAGAACUCUUGUGUCUGUCGUCAUGUCAACAUCGUCAGGCAGAAUUCACCCACGCAGUGAACGAGAACAAGCAAACAGACGGCGAAGAAUUCUCAGACGAUUUAUCACGAGCGUACAUGGCGGGUUUAGACAAACGAGGGAGCUGGAACAAGCGUGGGAGGGAUAAUUACUGGGGAGCAGAAGAUAAACGUUUCUACCUGACCGAUUCCACCAGACCGUUCCACCUACAGAGCCGCGGCAGCUGGAACAAACGCCAAGCGCUCCAUCUGGAAACCGGAGACGUCCAGAGCGACCGUGUCGACGUGGACGUGAGAGGAAGCUGGAACAAACGCGGUCCAGACAGCUUAGAAAAUAGAGAGAGCAGCAGAAGCAGAUGCAGAACAAGAAAUGCCGAGGACAGAAACUGGAACGAGCAGGGAGCCACGGUCUGCGAUGACACGGACGACGAAGAAACAGACAGCCUUCAGGUACCAUUUGAGUGGCCGAUCAACGUUGAUAUUAGAGGAAGCUGGAAUAAGAGAGGAAGCUGGAAUAAGAGAGGAAGUUGGAAUAAAAGAGGAAGCUGGAAUAAAAGAGGGAGUUGGAAUAAAAGAGGGAGUUGGAGCAAACGGGAUACUCGCUUCAUGGAGGGUAGACACUUCAACAAAGAGACAGACAAGGUCAAAGAGCAAGGAGCCUUAGCUUUCAGUUAUAACGAAGAUGCAAAAUCUCCAGCGCAUGAAGAAAACGCAGACAAACAUCUAAAAGUGGUUGUUGCCAAGGAAGAGGUCACGACCAAAAGUAAGCCUGUCGGCACUGAUGAACAAAGUCGCUGGAACUAUAGUCAACGUCAUCAAAUCGCUGUUGCACAGAGAGGCAGCUGGAAUAAACGGAUCCCUUUGCACUUAAAUAUCCGCUUUCCACUCUCCUCUCAGAAGAGAGGAAGCUGGAAUAAAAGAUCCUUGCUUAAGUUGCCCGAGAACAGUGAGGAGAUGAACUACCCCGGACGAGCAGUUCAUCGGAAUGGGUAUGCGGCAACGCUGUUACCUGUCAGGUGGGCCUUGAGAUGAUAAGAUGGCAAGAAAGCCAGACAAUGGUCUCCUAAAAAUCCUUCGACUGAUGUCAGACGUGGAAGAAGAAGAUUGAGGAAACAGAAGCAAACGACUUUCGGUAAUAUAGUCUCAAAGGGAACGUCUUCUGCUAGUCUGAGAUUUCACUACAAACCUCGGAAACAGAUUUACGAUUUCUAUCAAUACUCUUUUUCAGAAGAAAAUUCAAAAAUGCUCCGCUUACUCAUGUUCUCUGAGAAUGCCGAGAAGCAGAAAUUACAAUGUUAUAAAACAGUAAAUUUUCAGACUACAAUGAGAUGAGUUUACGAUACUCUCGGCUCAGUUCAUUGCGUCUACUGUACAGCAAGUGAGGAACUAAGAAGCGAUUUAAGUCACAGCUGAUAAGUAUUUGUCUUCCCCAUAAAUACCAGCAGUCGACUACAUUAGUAACAGUUUGUGGACCAUUUUAUUGCCUGCAACUGCAUCUUUUAAUUCUACUCUAUUUGCUCUGCACUGACGUAAACUGACACUACGAACUGUUUUGCUUCUUCAUCUCAAGAAUAAACAACACGAAAAAAAAAAAAAAUCCCAAACAAACCAUUUUUACUCUUAUUGUCGUUAUUGCUUCUAUCUUUCUUACGAGUGCGUCUAUCUUCGUGCGGGUGAGCGUGUCCGUCUGUUCAACUUUCUAGUAAUGGUCGCUUAAAACAAAGAAAGUCCUUUCCUUCCAUAAACUGUCUGUCCCUCUCUCUCUGACCUUUUAAGCCAAAUGCCAGUCAUUCAGGUUUCAAACUAUUGCUUAAUAAGCAGCCACUUUCAACAAAAUAAAUGUGAACUCUGACUUAUCUUGAAGUUCUUUUUACGCUUAUCAUUACACAACGAACGCAUGAAAAAUAAGGAAAGUUUAACAACUACCAACUAACUCCUGUGAAGAUAAAUGUACACUAGUUGCACAAAAUGUCUUUGUUAAAUAAAAUUGAAAAUGCUUUCACAAUGCCUGCCCAUUCUUCGGAGGAAUUUUGGAAAAUACCAGGUCACACAUAUCAAGCUAAACAUCAGGUCAUUCCGGAAGUAACUUCAUGGGCACUAAAUAAAUAAACUUUAAUAUUACUUUUAUGAUGAUAGUAUUUUAUCACGCCACUACUGCUGUUACUAACCACCCUGUGCACGAU